AUGUCGGACCCUAAAGGAGAGCUUGGGCUAUCGUGUCCAAAUGAGGGCCAGUUCUACAUCUGUGACACGGCCAGCAUACGCUUCAUCGGAUGUUGUACUGUCGACCCUUGCACUGAUGGAUCUGGGGAAUGUCCUCAAGCUUCCCUUCGAACUUCUAGUUUCUCAUCGGAUCAUUAUAACGAGGUCCGCCCCCAGACUUGUGUUGCUCCUCACAACGAAACCACUUGGUACACCUGUCAAGCCGGCCCUUUCUUGGGAUGCUGCGAGUCGAAUCCAUGUCAACAGGGAGAAUGUCCACAAUCAGAUCUUCUUGCAGCCCGUCUAAGUGACAAUGCGAGAAACGCGCAGGUCUUUCUAUCAAGUGAGACUACAACGGCAUCAUCAUCAUCAUCGACGUCGACACCUACCUCAGGGGCAACCGGAACGCCAAGCUCGAACUCUUUGAGCUCAUCACUGUCCCUGGGCGCUAUAGUUGGUAUCAGCAUCGGCAGUGCGGUGGUUAUUUUCAUCCUACUGGGGAUUUUGGCGUACAAGUCCGGGUGCUGGGCUCGAAAAAAGAAACUACAGCAGGAAUUCCAAGAAUCCAGCAAAGUCUCUGGGCCCGGAAGCAUCAGUCCUUAUGACCCUCACUCGCCCGCCUUCGGCACAGCAGCACAAUGGCAAGACCAACACGACCGGUCGACAGCCGGAAGCCACCCCAACUCGCCAACAUCGAGACUAGCACCUUACUCGCCGAACUACUUUGACCCAUCAUCCACUUCAACGUAUCACCAGGAUGCUCAAUUAGGUGGAGGCGGAUGGCAUUAUGAUCCUCGCCAUGCCUCACAUAUGACGGGGACGACAUGGAAUUCUGUGGCGACGAGUGUUGCACAAAAGCAUCACUCUGGCGGUGGGGCAAUGGAACUUGAGGCAAUGGAUACAGAGAGGCCAAAGGUUGUUUCGGAGCUACCGGCAAACGAUCAGCUGGUGUAAGUCUGGACUGUCGAGUGCUUUAAUAAUUAA